GCGUUGCGCUGCGGGCCUUGGCACUCGGUCGCCAGGCGCGAUGUUCCGACGUCCCCCUCGUAAUUUCCGUGGUCGGCGGCGUAAGGCCUCUAGCGGUAGCAGCAGCGACGAGGAGCCGGACCAGGCUGCAGUCCCAGCGUCAGCCCUCGGUUUCAGCUCCGACUCGGAACGGGAAGCGGAGCCUGAGGAGGAUGAGGGGAACCCCGGCAGCGCCACCGGGAGCCCCGAGAGCGCCAGGGCCACAGCAGCGGAGGGGCCUCUGUGCCCAGAGGACCCGGCGGGCAGCGCCGAAGGAAGGGCGAUUUCGGGGAUCGGGCCGCGUCUCGUCGGAGCUGGACCGCCUCUGGGUGGAAAGGUGCUGCUGAGCUUUGCUAGCGAGGAGGAGCGGGAAGGUGAUGAAGAAUUUUUUAAGAUUAAAAAACCAUCCUUCAAUGAAGUGACCUUUAGAAUUCAGAAGAAAGAAAGCCGACUACCUUCACAGACAGAAGCAGAAGAAAGCAAAAAAAUCUGCCAGUCAGAGCCUAGAACAGUCAACACAAAAGGUGCUUAUAAAGAAGACGAGGAGGGGGAUGAAAGCUACUCUUCACAAAGUCAGGACAGCAGCACCUCGGCCUCUGAAAAUGAAUCCAGCUCCCUACAGAGGAGGAAGGAUUUAUCACCAGGUAAUAUCCCCAGCACAGCUUGCAUUGAGGCUGCUCGGAGGAAGCGUCAGUUAGCCAGGACACAGGCUGAUUAUCUUCCACUGGAUGUUUCAGAUAGUCAUCGAGUCUCUCAGAGAAGAGAAAGCAGUGACUUAGAGAGUGAAGAUGAGUCUGAUACGAAGAAUGUCAAUUUUGCUCCUAAAAUGAGAACUCUUAGGCAGAGGAUGGCUGAACACAUGGUGACUGCAAGCAAUGAAUCAAGUGAAGAUGAAGCACAAAUUAAGUGGGAAGAACAGCAAAUAAAGAAAGCAGUGAAAUUCUCUCAGGAAGCUUACGAUGAUGCUUACCUGCAGCGUCUGCAUAAACCUCAGCCAGCUAAACCAAAGUUUGAUCCAUCUGUUCUUCUGCCGCCUGUGGACUUCGAAAUUCUGAAAAAGCGACUGACUGAGAGGAUAACGUUGUUACAGGAUGUGCACCGUGCCCACCAGAGGGAGUAUGAAAAAUAUAUGGAGGACAUUGAGAGUUCGAAGAUAGCUGUCCAGGAGUUAGAGAAAUCUUCAGAUGCAGUUCUGAAUUUCAAAUUCUACAAGGGCAUGAAAAUAUAUGCAGAAAACCUUAUUAACUGUUUGAAUGAAAAACUGAAAUACAUUAAUGAGCUGGAAUUGGCUGUACAUGCACUUCUUCAGCAACGGGCCUUGACAGUACUGAAACGAAGGCAAGAUGAGCUGAAAAAUGAAUCUAUUUACAUUCAGCAUCUGACAAGUGGCAAUGACAAACCUGCUAAUGGUGGAUUAGAAGGUGCUGAGAAGAUGCAGCUUCUGGAAAUAUGUGAGCAACGAAGGACCUGCAGGCGGCAAGCGAGAGAGUGUUCAGGAGAAGCUGAUCACCACGAAGGCAUGUCGAGUGAUGAUGAACUGAGUCCCACUGAGCUGAAUGAGUUUCAGAAGAGCAAAGAUAACGUUUUAGAGGAUAGUAGAAAAAUCUUUGAAGAUGUACAUGCAGAUUUUUGUGACAUCAGAAAAAUCCUGUUGAAAUUCCAGGAAUGGAAAGAAAAGUUUCCUGAGUCUUACUGUGAUGCUUACAUCAGUUUCUGCCUGCCUAAGCUAUUAAAUCCAUUGAUUAGAUUUCAGUUAAUAAAUUGGAAUCCUCUUGAGCAGAAUUUUACAGAUUUGGAAGAGAUGCCUUGGUUCAGAGCUAUAGAAGAAUUUAGUGAUGCCAAGAAUGUAUCUGAAAGGGAUGAUGCCAAAAAUGUAUCAAAAAGGGAUGAUGAUCAUGAUCAAGAAGUUUUGCCUAGAGUGAUCAAUAAAACUGUUCUUCCAAAAAUUACAGCAUUUGUGAAGAGUGUGUGGGAUCCUUUAUCUACUUCACAAACAAAGAAUCUUGUACAGCUUUGCAAUAAUGUCUUUGAAAAACAAGGUGUUUCCAAAACUGAACUCAGUCAAGCAAAAGAGGAUUUGAUAAAUGCAGUUGUCCAAAGAAUGAAGAAAUCUAUAGAGGAAGAUGUCUUUAUUCCUUUGUAUCCUAAAAGUGCUGUGGAAGAGAAGUCAUCGCUGUGCUCAAAAUUCCAACAAAGACGGUUUUGGUCAGCUGUUAAGCUGCUCUCCAAUGUUCUUCUUUGGGAUGGCAUUGUACAAGAGGAUACACUCUGUGGUUUGGGACUCAACAAGCUGCUGAAUCGUUACCUUCUUCUGAACCUCUUAAACACGCCACCAGGGCUGGAUCAUAUAGAAAAGUGUAAUAAGGUGGUUGCAUGCCUCCCAGAAAGAUGGUUUCAAGAUCUUAAGAGUGGUUCAACUCUUCCCGAAUUACACAACUUCUGCCAGCACUUGCUGCAAUGUGCACGUACACUACACAAGAAUAACCACAGUGAUGAAACAAAAGAAGUUCUUCUCCUGCUGGUGAAAGUCAAAGCUCUGCAUAUUGUUGAAGACUUCCUUGAAGAGUCUAAACUCACACAUCUUAAAUCAAUAAUUGGGAAAUAGAAAUCGCUGAAGCAAUGCUUACAUUACUGGAACAAGGCACUAUUCACAGUAAAGCAGUUCUAAUGGAAUUGAAUUAGUGGUUCUUGCGCACUCAAAGACGUGGUAAUCACUGUCUUACUGUCUUGUUGAGGGGUUUUUUCCUCAUGUCUACUCUUAGGUUAAGGGAGUCUUUGUACAAGUUACAGUUGUCAAAGUAAAGCAGUGGUUCAGGUGUUCUGAAAUGUGUAACAGUGUUUUAUUGGUCUAUUCUUUUUGGAAGGUUUCCUGGAAAGAUAGGAAGUGCCCUAUAAAGUUUAUCCCUGCUAGCCAGUAGACAGCUUUACAAGCUACUUUCAGUGUUAAUUGUGAAAUAUCUCUCAAAGCAGUCUUUGAGCUCUUUUAACUUGUAGUCCAUGGUGACUUUUGUUAGGGUUAUUGUUAUGCUGUCCCUGGUGAAAAAGAAUUCAUAAUUGUUGUAGGGGGUUUGAUCCAGGUAUCGAAACAAGGGAAGUCAGUGUGCAGAUCAGGAGUUUAACUAAUGAGUGGUUAUGGUUGGGAUAAUGCUUAGGGAAGAGCUGCCCAGGAGAAUCUCUGGGGAAGAGGUAGUGAAGACAACUUUUGGUGUGUGUUGGGAGUUCUGUUCUCACGUGAUUCAAGCUGUACUGGAGUGCACCUAGCUGAACUCUGCUUUUCAGAACAGAUACCUUGAUAAUGAGCAGCACAAGAACAACCUUAGAUACUUUCUAGUAACUGAACCUCUAGGAAAUUUUUCCUUUUGCUCCCCAGUAAGAUCUCCUGAACCUUUUUUUAUUGUACCCUUAUUAGAUUUCUAGCAUUUUAAAACACUAGAAUAAGGAGGAUGAUUUAUUCUAGAAACUGUAGUGCAUCACAGGCUUUUCUGUGUUCCAAAAUGUUAGAGCUAGAAUUUAACUCUUGCAAACUUAAUGCCUAAGAUGAUUUUAUAUUUUUCUAAGUUAAAAUUACAUUUUUGUAAGGUAUUUUAAUUGUAAAUAGCUUUGCUCAUUCUUA